AUGGCUUCAAUAACAGAACGGUAUAACGAUAUUGUUGACAUAUACUCUACUAAAUUAGAACAUUCAUCCUUGAGGCAAGAUUCGCAAGAAUAUCAGAAUUUACUACUUUCCACAAUCAAGAAAUUAUUAGACUUGAAAACAGCAGUUUAUGAUAGGCUCGCGUUAUUCAGUGCCAAUGAAACCAUAGAGGAUGUUUCUACGACUUCAAUCAAGUUUCUAGCAAUUGAUUACUAUUUGGGGCUCUUAAUAUCGAGAAGACAAUCUAAUGAUUCAAUUAUGGCUCAAAGGCAAAGUAUGAAGUUACUUUAUUUAAAUAAAAGUGUUGAAUCUUUUGUCAAAUUUUUAACUACUUUACAAGAUUAUAAGCUUCUGGAUCCUUUGAUUAGUAAAAGAUUAGAAAAUUUUAAGGUCCAUUAUAAACCACAACUAAACGAGUUAUAUGCACAACCUAAGAACGACAAAGAUUUAUCUGGAGCACAAUUGAAAAGGCAGGAAAAAAUUGAGUUAUUUCAACGCAAUAAAGAAAUUGGUGCAAAGUUAUACCAUUUAGAAUCACAACUAAAAGGCGAUGAUGAAGACCUUGAUCAUGAUGAAUUACUAAGAGAACUAUAUCUAGUAAGGCUACACCAAUUUAGUCUGAACACAUUCAAUAACAUUGAGCAAAAUUUAUUUGAAUGUGAAGUGCUAUCCAAUUUCCUCAAAAACGCACCACGUCAAACUGAGUCACCAGGGAUUCAAGAGCAGAAGGAAUUACAUCGUAAUGAUUCUACGGGCUUCACCGACAAACUGGAGACCAUAAACAAGCCUUUGAUAGACAAGAAGGGCCAAGUUUUAAGGAACUUCACGCUUGUUGACAAGAGACAACAGCUUCAACAAGAAGUGCGUGGGUACGGGCAGUAUGGACCCACAAUGUCAGUGGAAGAAUUUUUGGAUAAAGAGUUUGAAGACGGUAGAGUUCUUCAAGGUGGCGAAGAACCGGAAGAAGUCCGUGAUGAAGAAGACAUGGACUGGCAAGAUAAGGAAACCUAUAAAGCUCGUGACUGGGAUGAGUUUAAGGAAAGCCAUGCUAAAGGUAGUGGUAAUACAAUGAACAGAGGAUAG